AUGAUGAUGAUAUUGAUAUCCGGUGCUCUAACCUCCUUCCUCUCAACGGGAAAUCUCGAAAUUGAUGAUUCUAGAACAAGAAUUUCAACCGAUAUUGGAAAAUAUGCCUGGAUCGUCUUCCCAAAUCUGUUCGGCUCGAUUGCUUUGAUUAUUGCACUCCAUGUGUACGCAAGAGAAGUUCCACUCAACUAUGUGCUCUUGGCUGCCUUCACCGCUGUCCAGGCGCUCACUAUGGGAUGUGUCGUCACUCUCUUCGAAGCCAAGGUUGUCCUCGAAGCCGCCGUGAUCACUGGACUCGUCGUUGCCUCACUUUUUGCCUAUACCCUUCAGAAUAAGCAUGACUUCUCUGUUGGAUACGCUUGUAUGGGAUCCCUGUUGAGUGUUCUCCUCUGGGCUGGUAUCUUCCAAAUCUUCUUCAUGUCCCCGGCGGUCAACUUCGUCAUCAACGUGUUCGGUGCUGGACUGUUCUGUGUCCUCCUUGUCAUUGACUUGGAUAUGAUCAUGUACAGAUUCAGUCCAGAAGACUAUAUCUGCGCAUGUGUCGCUCUUUACUUGGAUAUUCUUAACUUGUUCAUCAGAAUCCUCCAAAUUGUUGCCGAAGCUAACAAGUAA